ACUUUCAACUUCCGGAAGUAUGGCGGGAUAAACAAAAUUGUAGAAAUUGUUCGCAAAUAAAUUGGCACCAUUAUGAGUAUGCAGAACAGAAAUUCUAGACUGUUUAGUCAACGAGCAUUUGAUUCUAACAUAGAACAACUUGUUCGUGAAAGUCCAGUACCACAGAUGCUAUUCCAUGGUCACCACACAGACAGUUCUAACAACAGCUUUGUCCUACCAUGUUCCAGUCAAGGUCAUCCGAUGUCGGCGUCUGCUAUUCCAAAACUACACGGAUAUGCUACAGCUUCUCCAUGUGCAAGAUUUGAGCCAUUUCGUUCACCGCAAAGUCUGAAUUCUACGUUUCCUUCAAAUACAUCUUACCCCUCUGCAGCAGACAUUUUUAAGAGCUUGAAGAGUCAGUCAAGAUUUGAAAGGGAUAACUUACUGGACACAAGUCAUGAAAAGGAACAUGGUCACAAGGAAAAUGAUCCUGGUAUGGCAAACAAUGUUAGUGACAGACAUUUUCACACACACUCAGAUAGGCAGCCACAAGUGCAUGAACCUGCUAGCAUUAUGCCAGAAAUUUUGACUGGCAUUGUGGGUAAUAGUAGUCAUUAUGAUGGGUACAGACACCAGGUACACAGCAAAAAAUCUGGCAGCAGUACAGGCAAUAAGGUAGAUAAGACCUAUGAAGAGAAUUUCCAAGAGGCUUUCUAUGAUUCUGGAACAAAUAAAGAAGAUGAAAGAGUGUCUCCUGAGAUGAUAGAAGCAUGUUCUCUAUAUAUGUGGAUUAUAAAACCUGUACCUGGUAGCCACAGCAUCUGUGUGGAGGGAAAGAAGAGUUUAGCAGAUGACAACUUCUGGCACAGUGGAGUGAUAACACAUAGGAUAAAUGAGAAGGUAGUUGAGACUCAAACAAGAUCUGUAUACAGACUGGAGGGCAACAUGGAAUUACUGGAUGCUAUGGCUGCUGGAUUUUCACGGAAAACAGCAGAAGCAUUUUGGCUUGGUUUCCCUAGCGACUGGCAGAAGCUGAUACAGGAACAUUUCAGUACAGUACCACUUAACAGCAUAGAAGAGAAACAGUCAGAUUCAGAGGAAGAAAUUACAACAUUAGAAGAUGGUGGUGAAGAAUCAGAUGACACUGAUACAGGACAAGAGGACACAACUCUCACAGAAGUUGUCUCUGCGGAUGAAGAAGAUGGUUCAUUGCCGUCAUCCGGCAAAGUUGAAACACAGGCUGUUCUUCACAGCCCGGUAGACAACAAGAAGGGAUCAAGGAAAGGCUCAAAAUCAGAGGUGGUCAUAGAGAAUUGGAUCAUCAAGUCACUACCUAAUGGAAAAGGAGUUAAUGUCCUUGGAACUAAACCUGAGAGUGGCUUGUUAUGGCACAGUUCAGCUAUAGAGAAGAGGUUAGACAAGAAACGUUUAAUGUCCAGCAGUGGUUCAGUCUACAGACUGAAGGGAAAUAUGGAUAAACUUCUAUCUCUCAAUGAAGGCUUGCCAGUAAAAAUCAUUGACAAGUUUAGUUCAGGAUUUCCAAAAGAAUGGCAAGAGUUGAUACAGGAGUUUUUAUAUACCAAACAAACAGACAAAAGGAAAAGUGACAAGGCUAAACAGAAAAAGAAAAACACGUCUAAGAAAAAGGGACAAGUUGGAGAUAGAAAGGGCAAAAUUCAGAAAGAUUCAGCCCAUCUUAAGAAGGUUACAAAAAAGUCUGAAAUCCCUACACAGAAUAUACCCAGUAAGGUGAAGGAAGUCAUAUCAAGUCAACAGAAGUCUACAAACAGUCUCAAGAAGAGCUCAGAAAGGACAAGACCGAAGGAUGGUGCUGAACCAGCUGAAACAUAUAAAAGAACAAAGACUGUAUUAACACCAAAAGGAGAGAUGGUAGACCUUGAGAGUUUAGGGCGAUCUCGAAGUGGAAGAUUGAUUAAGCCUCCGUUGCAGUGGUGGACAGGUCAGACACUAGAACUUGAUGGAGAGAAUGUAACAGUGAAGGCACCUACAGUUGCUUCUAGCAUGUUUUUACAGGAGUUUGAGGAUGGAUAUAAGAAAUCAACUCGUCAGGUGAAACCUUACUGGAAUCCAAGGCAAAAGGACAAGGAUUAUUCAUUGAAUAUAAGUAAAUCUUCACUUAACUCAAGCGUUUCUUCUGUGGAAACAAAGAGAAAACAUAAAACCCAGAAAGAAGAACAAGAAAACACCUCAUCUAACACAGUUGAUAUUUCUAGUCAGUCAGAGGAUGAUCUUGAUCCGAAGUUGAAGUUUGAAGUUAAAUUGAUUCUAGAACAUGUAAAGGGGAAAAGGAAAAAAGUGCAAAAACGAGAGACGUGUUAUAGUAGUAAAAAGAAGGAGAGAGAAAGCCGUGCUGAAAAUGAUAAUCCAUUUGAUCUGAAUGAAACAACAGACCUUGAUACAACAGAAACUGAACAGGAAUCUUCCAAUCAAGUUGUCUCAAACAGGUCUAGUUCUAAAGGGAGAGGAGAUCGGAAAAAUGGUAAGAAGACUAAAAUAGCACCACUAAAGGAAGUUAAGACAAAGGUAGAGCAAGUAAAUGUGGUAUCUUCUAGCACUGGAGAUGUUGGUCAUGAUGAGGAAGGUAUUGGUUAUAGAGCAUUAAGAUCUAGAAAAGGAAAAGUUUCUGAACCAGCAGGUACAAACAUGGCACUCAGACUUAACAAAAAGGAAACCUGCGUUGAAAAUAAAGUUAACAUUUCUAGAACAAGAAGAGUUCUUUCGGUUAUAAAAGAAGAUGAAGCUGAUGAUGAAAUAGGUUUGUGCGAUGAGGACUUUGAACCAAUGAAAAAACCUAAAAAGAAAGUUAAUGUUAUUACGAAACGUGCUGCAUUAAGUAGGAGCAAAAAUUCUGUGAAAGAAGGUGAUGGGAAGGUGGAGACUGUAUCUAAACCUCCUGAAUCUUCUGAUGACAUUGAAGCUCACUGGACUAAAGAUGAAAAGGGGAGAUUAGAUGAAGCAUGUAAGAAUGUGUCAUUAAGUAACCCUCAUUACUGGGAGAGAGUGGCAGCUCAAGUUAGAACUAAAACAGCAGACAUGUGUAAAGCUAUGUACUACAGUGACCAGAAACUACCCAAGUCAGCAGAGAAGAAAAGCAAGAAAAAUAUAAAAGAAAAGGUAAAAGUAACAAGUUUAACAGCAAAUGUUGGAACAUUGAAGAGAAAACAACAGUUGAAGGAUUUACUGGAACAACAGAAUGAGAAUUACUCUGAUGACCUUUUUGACUCCACACCAUACCGAAUGACAAGGAAAAGGAAGGUACCAGUUCUUGGUGGUGACGAUGAUGAUGCAAUAUUUGAAGAGUUGGCUCGAAAACAAGGUAAAACCAGGUUUGAGACACCUGUAGCCACAGAAACCAUGUGUAGCAGAAUAACUGUCCCAUUUGCUUCAACCAAGAAGACUCCAGUUUCAAAUCUAACAGUGGAAAUGCAGGACGGAAGUGGUGAUGCAGAUGGAUAUGUUCACAAAAUUCUUAAAAGACGACUUCUUGCCAAGGGAAAAAAGAAAUUUGGAACUCCAAAGCCAGUCAAAAAGAUACCCAAUGUUGAGAUUUCACCCCAACAGAAGUUACUAUUUCACAACUACCUUCAAGAGAAAAAAGAGAAGGCAGAAAAUCACCAAGACUCGGACCAGGAAGAAGAUUUCUACUGGGAAGAUGAUGUAGAAAAUUGAACUAUAGAAAUAGAAAAUAAAAACUGUACAAUGAAGUACAGGAUAUAUGUUUUGAGCCAAGUUAUACCAGUAACUUUGUUUGCAUAAUUCCCAUUUUGCUACAUGUGACUUAAUGUGGUCUAUAAAAUCAUACAUUAUUGCACAAUUUUUGCAAGAUUCCCACAUAUAACAUUAAAAAAAUGCACAGCGUCAUAUAAUAGUAACUGCCUGUGGUAUGCCUCAAGAUCUUUUUUUUUUCUUUUUUCAGACAAGUGUACCCAUGAAACCUUAAACAUAUGAAACACAAGACAGCAUGCUAACUUAAUGCAUUUAGAUGUUUUGCUAUGCAUUUUCUUUUCUGUUAAGGCCAUAUCAGUGGGAAAAACAAUGCAAUAUGUAGUAAGUUUGUGUGCAGUACAAAUGUCAUGGAGCAUAGGGCCUCCGUGGCUCCGUGGUGCCCGCUUGUGAUGAAAUAGGGCACAGAGGGGCACCUGGGGUCUUCCUCCACCAUUAAAGCUGGAAAGUCGCCAUAUGACCUAUCGUGUGUCGGUGCGACGUUAAAUCCAACAAAAAAAAAACAACAAAAAUUAUUGAUUUAAAAUGUUUGCAAUUAAAUGAAACAUUCACCAGUUUCCUAUCUUGUGCCUUGUCUUACACUUUUGUAAUGCAGUUGCAUUUAUGUUUAUUUUUAUUGCUAGAAUGUAAAAAAAAAAUUAAUUUGUGAAAAAGAGGAGUCAAUAACUAUUUAUUAGAAUAUGCCACUUAAUACAGCUUCAUAAAUAAUAUCUCAUCUUUCUCAGUAGUAUUACUGCUUUCUAAAUAGUACCUCGGUUUUAUAAUUAGUAUCUUUGCUUUUUAAAUAGUAUCUUGGCUUUCAAAAUAGUAUUUCAGCUAUCUCAGUAGUACGACAGCUUUUGAAAUCAUAUAUCAGCUUUCUAAAUUGUAUACUAGGUUUCUAAAUAAUAUCUCUGCUUUCAAAGUUGUAUUUAUGUUGAUAUAGUUGUCAUUAAUGAAAUAUGAAGUAGAUAUAAUCAAUUUUCAGGAAUUGAUUAACUUUUUUUCCAUUUUUCACAUUUUGUAAAUAAAGCAGAUGCUGGACUGUUUAUGUAUUUGCUUUGUGCUUUUUGCUUACUUAAUCUAAAUAUUUUAGCUAUUUGGUGCUUUUUUUUGCCAUGACUCUAUAUGCUUUGUUCAUCUGAUGUUUACACACGAAGUAAGAUGGUCAAGUAGGGUUGCAAUUACUUUGUUGUUUUUAGCUCACCAGUCACAAAGUGACAAGGUGAACUUUUGUGAUCACGGGUCGUCCGUUUGUGCAUGCGUGCUUCUGUAAACUUUUGCUUGUGACCACUCUAGAGGUCACAUUUUUCAUGGGAUCUUUAUGAAAGUUGGUCAGAAUGUUCAUCUUGAUGAUACCUAGGUCAAGUUCGAAACUGGGUCACGUGCGGUCCAAAACAAGGUCAGUAGGUUUAAAAAUAGAAAAACCUUGUGACCUCUCUAGAGGCCAUAUUUUUCAUGGGAUCUGUAUAAAAGUUGGUCAGAAUGUUCAUCUUGAUAUCUAGGUCAAGUUUGAAACUGGGUCACGUGUGGUCAAAAACUAGGUCAGUAGGUCUAAAAAUAGAAAAACUUUGUGACCUCCCUAGAGGCCAUAUUUUUCAAUGGAUCUUCAUGAAAAUUGAUAAGAAUGUUCACCUUGAUGAUAUCUAGGUCAGCUUUGAAACUGGGUCACGUGCGGUCAAAAACUAGGUCAGUAGGUCCAAAAAUAGAACAACCUUGUGACCUCUCUAGAGGCCAUAUUUUUCAUGGGAUCUGUAUGAAAGUUUGUCAGAAUGUUCAUCUUGAUGAUAUCUAGGUCAAGUUUGAAACUAGUCACGUGCGGUCAAAAACUAGGUCAGUAGGUCUAAAAAUAGAAAAACCUUGUGACCUCCCUAGAGGCCAUAUUUUUCAUUGGAUCUUCAUGAAAAUUGGUGAGAAUGUUCACCUUGAUGAUAUCUAGGUCAAGUUUGAAACUGGAUCACGUGCUUCCAAAAGUAGGUCAGUAGGUCUAAAAAUAGAAAAUCCUUGUGACCUCCCUAGAGGCCAUAUUUUUCAAUGGAUCUUCAUGAAAAUUGAUGAGAAUGUUCAACUUGAUGAUAUCUAGGUCAGCUUUGAAACUGGGUCACAUGCGGUCAAAAACUAGGUCAGUAAGUCUAAAAAUAGAGAAACCUUGUGACCUCUCUAGAGGCCAUAUUUUUCAUGGGAUCUGUAUGAAAGUUGGUCAGAAUGUUCAUCUUGAUGAUAUCUAGUUCAAAUUUGAAACUGGGUCACGUGCAUCAAAAACUAGGUCAGUAGGUCUAAAAAUAGAACAACCUUGUGACCUCUCUAGAGGCCAUAUUUUUCAUGGGAUUGAUGAAAGUUUGUCAGAAUGUUCAUCUUGAUGAUAUCUAGGUCAAGUUUGAAACUAGGUCACGUGCGGUCAAAAACUAGGUCAGUAGGUCUAAAAAUAGAACAACCUUGUGACGUCUCGAGAGGCCAUACUUUUCAUGAGAUCUUCAUGAAAAUUGGUGAGAAUGUUCACCUUGAUGAUAUCUAGGUCAACUUUGAAACUGGGCCCCGUGCAGUCCAAAACUAGGUCAGUAGGUCUAAAAAUAGAAAAACCUUGUGACCUCCCUAGAGGCCAUAUUUUUCAUUGGAUCUUCAUGAAAAUUGGUGAGAAUGUUCACCUUGAUGAUAUCUAGGUCAAGUUUGAAACUGGAUCACGUGCUUCCAAAAGUAGGUCAGUAGGUCUAAAAAUAGAAAAUCCUUGUGACCUCCCUAGAGGCCAUAUUUUUCAAUGGCUCUUUAUGAAAAUUGGUGAGAAUGUUCAUCUUGAUGAUAUCUAGAUCAAAUACGAAACUGGGUCACAUGCGGUCAAAAACUAGGUCAGUAGGUCUAAAAAUAGAGACAUUUUGUGACCUCUCUAGAGGCCAUAUUUUUCAUGGCAUCAGUAUGAAAGUUGGUCUGAAUGUUUAUCUUGAUGAUAUCUAGAUCAAGAGCGAAACUGGGUCAUAUGCGGUCAAAAACUAGGUCAGUAGGUCUAAAAAUAGAAAAACCUUGUGACCUCUCUAGAGGCCAUAUUUUUCAAUGGAUCUUCAUGAAAAUUGGUCAGAAUUUUUAUCUUGAGGAUAUCUAGGUCGUGUUCAAAACUGGGUCACAUGAGCUCAAAAACUAGGUCACUAUGUCAAAUAAUAGAAGAAAUGACGUCAUACUCAGUUCAAAACUGGGUCAUAUGGGGACAGGUGAGCGAUUCAGGACCAUCAUGGUCCCCUUGUUUGGGGGUUGAAGUUUUCAUGCAGUUUUUAAAGUACGAUAUCUUAAAUCCUGUUGAUAUUUUAUUUAUGUAAAAUUAAAAAUUAUGUGAAAUUAUAAGACAAUGUAGGAUAUAGUAAAAGUGCUUUAUAAAUCCCCAAAGAUCUGCACCACUUUUUUAGCUUGGCCAGGCAGGAAUGGAUUUUCAAAUAAUUUUGACAAAUAUUCAGCUUAACAACUUAACUGUGCAAGACUCAGACCAAAGCUUAUAGGUCAAAGUCACCAGAGAUUUAGCCCCUACCCCCCAAAAAAGAAACAAAAAGACAAUUUCAAUGAAUAUUUGUUUUACUCUCUCAGUCUUUCAGUUUUCUUAUAUAUUGCGUUUCUCUUUAAUGUUUUGUUGUGUACCUACAUGUAUUUUAUUUUCUGUAACUUUCAAUUCUAUGCACUCUUUUUAUGCUUUCUUUUUAUACCUCUACCAGAUAUUGUUUAGAGGGGUUUGUGGUGCUAUAUAUUAACCAUUGUCCCUUCUAUGGAACCAAUACAGAUAUUUUGAAACAUACAGUAUGUUUGUAGGAUCAUAAGACCUGUUCAUGUACCAGGUCCCAUAACUUUUUUGACUUCUGUUUUAACAAAAUUAUCUCCCUCUUUUUCCAGAAUGGACAUUUUCUACUGUGACUAACACCUAUUCAAGUAUUUGAUUCAUUCAGAUUGAUCUUUUACACACUUGAUAUCAUAAUGUAAAUAUACACAAAGUUCCAUUACUCUGCCUUUUGUUUUGACAAAAUUUGUCCCCUUCUUUACAUAGAAAAAGUGGCAAAAUUGAUGUUUUCUUUGAAAAUCUCUGAAACUAAUGAAGAUGUUGCAUUUGAACCUAAAAAUAAAUUUAAAGUCAAACAUAAAGUGAAUCAACAUCAAAACAGGUUGUAAGGAUCAUACAGUAAGUCAUAUACAAGGUCCCAUAAUUCCAAAUUUAUUUUGACAACAUUUUCCCUCCUUUUUGACUUCAAGGUGGAUCUUGGAAAUACAAUUGUUUUCCUUAAUAAGCUCUAAAAUCAUUAAAGAUAUUUCAAUAGAAAUUUACAUAACCCUGUUGGCCCAAGUCUCCCUUUCUAACUGUACUCUUUUCACAUUUUUAGCUUGUUUGGUUUUCGAAAAAAGACUAUGAGGUAUUGUUGUCACUUGAUCAUUGGCAUUGGUUAAAAUUUUUGUUUAGGUCCACCUUUUCAGAAAAAAAAAACUAUAAGAGCUACAGCUAUGAAACUUGCACACUUGUUUAUCAUCAUUGGAUGAUUGUGUAGGCCAAGAACCAUAACUCUGAUAUGCAUCUUGCCAAAAUUAUGCCCUUUUUUUGUACUUACAAAAGUUGAGUUCCUUGGUUAAAGUUUUUGUUUAGGUCCACUUUUUAGCUCACCUGUCACAAAGUGACAAGGUGAGCUUUUGUGAUCGCGCGGUGUCCGUCGUCCGUCCAUCCGUGCAUGCGUCUGUAAACUUUUGCUUGUGACCACUCUAGAGGUCACUUUUUUCAUGGGAUCUUUAUGAAAGUUGGUCAGAAUGUUCAUCUUGAUGAUAUCUAGGUCAGGUUCGAAACUGGGUCACGUGCCUUCAAAAACUAGGUCAGUAUGUCUAAAAAUAGAAAAACCUUGUGACCUCUCUAGAGGCCAUAUAUUUCAUAAGAUCUUCAUGAAAAUUGGUCAGAAUGUUCAACUUGAUGAUAUCUAGGUCAUGUGCGGUCAAAAACUAGGUCAGUAGGUCUAGAAGUAGAAAAACCUUGUGACCUCUCUAGAGGCCAUACUUGCGAAUGGAUCUCCACACAAAUUGGUCAGAAUGUUCAUCUUGAUGAUAUCUAGGUCAAGUUUGAAACUGGGUCACGUGCCCUAAAAAACUAGGUCAGUAGGUCAAAUAAUAAAAAAACCUUGUGACCUCUCUAGAGGCCAUACUUUUCAUGGGAUCUGUAUGAAAGUUGGUCUGAAUGUUCAUCUUGAUGAUAUCUAGGUCAAGUUUGAAACUGGGUCAGCUGCAGUCAAAAACUAGGUCAGUAGGUCUAAAAUUAUUAAAAUCUUUUGACCUGUCUAGAGGCCCUAUUUUUCAAUGGAUCUUCAUGAAAAUUGAUCUGAAUAUUCACCUUGAUGAUAUCUAGGUCAGUUUCGAAACUUUGUCAAGUGCGGUCAAAAACUAGGCCAGUAGGUAUAAAAAUAGAAAAACCUUGUGACCUCUCUAGAGGCCAUAUUUUUCAUGAGAUCUUCAUGAAAAUUAGUGAGAAUGUUCACCUUGAUGUUAUCUAGGUAAAGUUCAAAACAGGGUCACGUACCUUCGAAAACUAGGUCAAUAGGUCAAAUAAUAGAAAAACCUUGUGACCUCUCUAGAGACCAUAUUUUUCAAUGGAUCUUCAUGAAAAUUGGUCAGAAUUUUUAUCUUGAUAAUAUCUAGGUCAAGUUCAAAACUGGGUCACAUGAGCUCAAAAACUAGGUCACUAUGUCAAAUAAUAGAAAAAACGACGUCGUACUCAAAACUGGGUCAUGUGGGAAGAGGUGAGUGAUUCAGGACCAUCAUGGUCCACUUGUUUCCAAAAACUUUAAGAGCGACAACUUUAAAACUUUCCUCACUUGUUUAUCAUUAGAUGAGUAAGUAGACCAAGAACCAUAAUUCUAACCUGUAUUUUGUCAGAAGAAAGGCUCUUUUUAUUCUUUGAAAAUCUGAACUAUAACUUUCUUUCUUACAUAUUGUCCAGCACUUGCAAAUGAGUGAUGGCACCUGCAGGCUGUGCUCUUACUGAUAUUUAAGCUGAAGGGAAUUUAAAAUAAUAUGUUAUAAUACAUGUCUAUAAGAGGAAUGGAAAGGCACUAAAAUUUUGCCCUGAAUAAUAAUGUUAUAUCCCAUUCUGUACUUUCUUUCUAAUUUUAAGAUUUAAGGAGUAACUUUGACUUCACUGAUGUGAAUUAAAUGUGACUGUACACAGUGAAAGAUAAAGGAACAUAACAAUCCCAAUAACUCUUACUGAAAUAUUUAUAUGAAAUAGUCAGUCUUUCUAACGGUACUUAAUUUUUCAUGUUUGUAGUAUUGAGGAGAAUGACAUUGCCACUGAAGGGACUUAAAACAAUGAUACAUGUCAUUAAGAGGAAGUGAAAGACACAGGUAUUGUAACUCUGCCACCAUAAUUAUAAAGUCUUUUUGUACUUCCUUUUAGUAAUUUUAAGGCAACAUGUUUGACUCCACUCCAUAGGGAAUUUUAUGUAACUACACAGUGAAAGGUGACAAAGAACAGAAGAAUCAUAACUAUGACAUGAAUAUUUAUUACAGAACUAUUGUUAUUGUUAAAUGAAAAUUCAUGAUUUAAGACAAUAUAACUUUAAGCCAGUGACAUGAAUUCCAUGUAACAGUCAUAGAUGAAAAUGACGUAAGACAAAUAAUUACCUCUCAGAUUGAAUAUAAAAGGCAUAGUGAGCAGUAUUCAAAAUGAUAAUUGUAAGUGUUAUUUAUUACUAUUUAACAUAGACAAUUGGUGGUAGUAUUUAUCACAUUUAGUGACAGCUUUAGUUUCCAAUGGUGGUCAUUUUCUAGACAUGACUUUUCUAGCUUUUGUUUUUCAACAGUGAUAAUACGGAAGGUUAUUUAGUCUUGCAUUGUCAGCAAAUAACAUGUGACUGAACAGCAGUUCCAGUUGUUCUGUUACCAUUUUUACACAUGGAUGGAUACUAGGCACAUAAGACACUGUAAGGUGAUGAAGCAUUUGUUACUGACAUUAUGAAGCAUUCACAUCUAUUUACUCCUUUGCCUGCUAAAUUUCUAAAAUGGACUGGUCAAUCAUUCAAUCUGGACAUUACCAUUUAUUAUUCGAAGGGGUGUUCGAUGAAAAUUUACUGACUGAAUAGCGAAGAGUGCAGACCAUAUCAGACUGCAUGGAUGUGGAGGCUGGUCUUGGUCUGCACUGGUCGCAAAGGCAGAAUCCCUUGCAGCUAGCAGGCUAAAAGUUAAAGAUGGUUAUUUGAUUAAGAUAUUUCAAUUUUCGCUUUUCUAUUCAUUGCCACUGAAUCAUUUGGGGGACUUUAUUGCUGAACAGAACUUUCUUCACUUGUUUUCCAAGCUUUGCAGCCAGUUCAGAAAUAUGUACUUUAUUGCAUGUAUGAAAUAUAUAACUGCCAUUUUUAUUUUGGUGCUGCUUGUACUAUAGUCAGGAUGUAUUUUAAAAGAAAAUGGGAAAAGUAAAAAAAAAAAUGUACUAGAAGCUCCCAGUUUUUGCAUUUUGUUAAAACUGAUAUUUUAGAACUUGGUGUAUUCUUUAAUAAAUAACCAUUGAAAGAACA